ACUUCCACCGGUGCAGAUGUGGGGUGGGAUGGGGAUGUGCUCAGUGCCCAAACGCCGCCUCCAGAUCCGGGAACAGACCUGAAUUCUUCUGGAUCAGGAACUGUGCUGGGAACGGAGCUCCAUCUGCGUUCCUGGUGCAUGCGGCCCCACGGGGUGCGAGCAGCAGGCAAGGGUUAAACCCCACUGCAUUCACCCACAGAAAGCCAAGCCCAGAUUAACCGCUGCAGGACGUCACUUUCCAUUACGGGAAGGGCUCCCGAGGCAGCUCCCGGGCUGGGAUUACGGGCUGGCACAGCGGCGCUGCGAUGCGCGGGGCGAGGAGCUGCUGCUGAGCGGGGCCAUGUGGGAUUGCGCCCGCACGGCGCUGCUGGGCUCGCUGCCCAUGGGCUCCGCACACCUCUGGGUGCAGAUUCGGGCCUUCUGGCGCAAGAACGGCCUCCUGACCCUGUCCAUGCUGUCGGUGGCCACCGGCUGCCUGCUGGGCUUCCUGCUGCGGGCGCUGGAGCUGACGGAGCUGGUAAGGAUGGGGUGGGAGCAAAGGGAGCAUGGAAGGGCUCAGCCCUGAACGCGCAGGCUCCUGUCUGAGAACAACCUCUCGCAGAUGGGUUUUCUUCUUAUUUUGGCCCCAGAGUGGCAGGACAAAUCCUGCAUCCCUCCGCUGGGGACCCUGCUGCGCUGCUGCAGGGGGUGGGGGGGAGGGCAGCUGCUGCCCUGUGCCCUGGGCUGGGUGCUCACUGCUCCGGGCCAUCCGUGGCACAGCAGUGCCGGUAUCCCACAGCCGAGCUCCUCUACUGCUGGUGCAGGUGCUCAGCAUCCAGCCGAGUCCAGCACAAACCACACCAGAUUCCCAGGGGUCCCCUCCUGUUCCCAAAGGGCCAUUAAAUGUCAUCGUGCUAAAAUCACAGUGGUUAUAAGUCAGCCCAGAUCUAUGGGAUGCUCAGCUGCUGCUGGCACAUCCCCACGUAACCUGCGGGGAUUUGGCAUUUGUCACUUCAAUUACACCCUGUAGCAUUACUGCCUGCAGCGAGGAUGAUCUGACUUAACUGAAGCGGGGUGUAAUCCCACUGCACCCCAAUGCACGUGGCCAUGAGAGUGGCAGCAUCCCGCUGCCCCUGGUCCUGCCCCUACCCCACAAUGCCAGAGAAAUCCACAUGGCACUGGGGAAGGUUGGGCAGAGGAUGGAUGGAGAGAUGUAGGGAUGUAGGGAGGAAUAGAGGGAAGAAGGGAGGAAUGGAGGGAGGGAGGGAUGGAAGGAGCCUCCAGAAGGACAUGGAUGGAUAGAGGGACAGACAGAUGGAGGAUGGAUGCAUGGGCAGAAAGAUGGAAGGACAGGCAGUUGGUGGGGGGUAGGAGGACGGGGGCAGGUGGGCACACAGAGGGGUGGGAGCAUUUCUGCACUCUGCUCCCAGGGAAAAGUGCAGCAACAGCUGGAGCAACCGAAGUGUGGACAUGGGGCUGUUCCCAUAGGGAGAUGGGCCUUUGGAAUGGGAACUGGCUCAACACCCCUCCUCAGCUCCUGGACGGAUUUCCCCAUGGGUUGGGAUUUCUUCCCCCCAGCAGAUCUGGGGGAUCCCUUAGGAUGGGCAGCGAAACCACACUGUCACACCUGGGGACCGAGCUCAUAUCUGGAUCCCAUUGGGAAAAAGAGCAAAUCUGCCCUGUUUGAGCCCUUCGCCCACAAUCAGUGCACACCUCCCUACUUCUACCCUUCCCAAUGCUCUGCUCCCUGCAGGAGAAGCAGUACUUCUCCUUUCCUGGAGAGCUGCUCAUGAGGAUGCUGAAGAUGCUGAUCCUGCCACUGAUCACCUCCAGCCUGAUGUCCGGGCUGGCCACCAUGGAGCCCAGGGCCUGUGGGAAGAUGGGGGUGAUCACCAUCACCUAUUACCUUUGGACCACUUUCAUGGCGGUGACGAUGGGGAUCAUCCUGGUAGUCAGCAUUCACCCCGGUGCGGCCGCGCAGAAGGAGGAUUACUCUGCAGGGAAGGUGGUGCUCAGCUCCGCCGAUGCGCUGCUGGAUUUGAUCAGGAACAUGUUCCCUUCCAACCUGGUGGAAGCAUCCUUCCAGCAGUAUCGAACCGUUAUUGUCCCAGUGGUGAAGUCUCCACGAUUUCCAACAAUCCCAGGGAAAUCCCUCAGUUUUAUUUACUUUGCUCCGGAUGAAGAAAACCCUGAAAUCCACCGACCCGUGUUUCUUGAGCUAACACCAUCUCCCGAAAUGACGUACAGGACCCUGCCAGGGACCAGCAACGAGAUGAACGUCCUUGGGAUCGUCAUCUUCUCUGCAACCAUAGGGCUCCUCCUGGGAAAGAUGGGUGAGCGAGGAGCGCCGCUGGUCAACGUGUGCCAGUGUCUGAACGAAGCUGUGAUGAAAAUCGUCUCCAUGGCUGUCUGGUAUUUCCCUUUCGGCAUCGUGUUUCUCAUUGCUGGGAAGAUCCUGGAGAUGGAAGACCCAUCGGUUACAAGCCAGAAGCUGGGGCUGUAUGCCAUCACCGUGGUGUCGGGGCUGGCCAUCCAUGGACUUGUGCUCCUACCGCUGCUCUUUAUACUCAUCACCAAGAAAAACCCCUAUGCUUUCAUUAAGGGGAUACUGCAAGCUUUACUGAUUGCCUUAGCUACAUCUUCCAGCUCGGCGACCUUGCCCAUCACCCUUAAGUGUCUUCUGGAAAACAACGGCAUAGACCGGCGUGUGGCACGCUUUGUCCUUCCUGUCGGUGCCACCAUCAACAUGGACGGCACGGCGCUGUAUGAGGCAGUUGCUGCCAUCUUCAUCGCCCAGGUCAACGAGUACGACUUGGAUUUGGGGCAGAUCGUGACAAUAAGCAUAACAGCAACUGCGGCGAGCAUUGGGGCGGCCGGGAUCCCACAGUCGGGACUCGUCACGAUGGUCAUCGUGCUGACCUCGGUGGGGCUGCCCACUGCUGACAUCACGCUCAUCAUUGCAGUGGACUGGGCCCUGGACCGAUUUCGGACCAUGACCAAUGUCCUCGGGGAUGCGCUGGCUGCUGGCAUCAUACAACAUGUCUGUGAGAAAGACUUUGCCCCAAAGCCCCCCAGGCAAGAUACAGUGAGCGACACAGACAAGUUUCCUUCUGCAGAGCCCCCACUUCUGCAUCCCAAAGACAACGUGAUCCAACUGCUUGAGGACACCCUGUUCGAGCAGAUGGGAGUGCACUACAACAUCUGCCAGGUGUAGGUUGCAGCUCUCCCACCGCAGGACGGGACCUCGGUGCUAAGCAUUCCCAAUGCCACACACGGCUGCUCCGCGAGACAAAGGCCUUAUCUGGGGCAGCAAACCCCUCUCUAUCCUUUCUACCCUGCUGCCUGGAGCUGAGGACACGACCGGACUGACUGCCCUGCCUAUAGCAGUUGGGUUAUGGCACAGCCCUGUCCUUCCAUGAGGCUGCUCAGGGGAUUGGGGAACAGCUACGAGGUGAUGGCAGAGAGCAGCAGAGGUGGAACUGGAGCUGUCAUCUUAUGGCAGCAGCCUCUAUCUGCUGCCCAGGCUGCAUGCCAUCAGGUGUUAAUAGUUAUUUUUAAACCUUUUUAUAUACACUAAUACAUACCAAUAUAUAUUACAUAUUAAUAUAUAUACAUGCAUAUCUUUUAGGUUCUCAUCUGAAAA